CUGUACGGCUAUGUCCCCUCGAAAACCCUCGGGUACUGCUAUACCGGUUUAUUUGCCCUGACUGCCCUCGUGCAUUUGUUCCAGUCGGUGCGCCAUCGCGCCUGGUGGUUGCUUCCAUCUAUCGUCGUUGCCGCCAUCGGCGAGACCGUGGGCUGGGCGGCACGACUUCAAUCUGCAUCCAACCCCACACUGAAGGGUCCCUUCAUCGUCCAGACCCUUCUUCUCGUCCUGGCCCCCACGCCUUUCGUCGCCGCUCUCUUCAUGGGAUUCGGCAGGAUCGUCGGUGGCCUCGGUGUGCAGUACAGUCGGCUAAGCCCCAAGUUAUACUCGAGGAUAUUCCUUUCAUGCGAUAUUCUCUCGCUCGUCGUGCAAGGACUUGGAGGUGGAAUCUGCGCCUCGAAUACCGAGGACCUAGAUAGGAUCAGACUUGGAAGCAACAUCACCCUCGGAGGUCUGAUCUUCCAGAUCCUCGCCAUGUCCGUCUUCUGCGCGCUCAUGGGCGAGUACGCGUACCGGUACACCAACGACCGGCCGUUCCGGAGGGCGACCGCGCAGGAGAAGGCCGCGCAGCACAUCCUCGACAGCAACGUCAAGCGGCUCAUCGGCGGCAUCCUCGUCUCCACCGCGCUCGUCUACGUGCGGUCCGUCUACCGUAUGGCCGAGUUCAUCGAGGGCUUCUCGGGCGCGCUCGCGCACAACCAGGUUACCUUCGUGAUCUUCGACGCGUCUCUGGUUGCGAUUGCGCUGUACACGCUCAACUGGUGCCACCCUGGAAAGCUGCUGCUGCGCACCGCGGCGUCGGCCGGUCAAGCCUUUGAGGCGAUGAUGGUGUAG